AUGCCAGCCCCCCUGGAGACCUGCCUCUCCGACCUGGACUGCGCCAGCAGCAGCGACCUGUCGGGCUUCCUCACCGAUGAGGAAGACUGUGCCAGUUUCCAGUCUCCAGCCCCCGCCUCGGGGCCGCCGGCGCCCGCCCGCAGGGGUGCCCGUGGGAUGCCGGCGGCGUCCGACGUUCCAGGGGCUCAGGACGAGGAGCAGGAGCGGCGGCGACGCCGGGGCCGUGCGCGGGUGCGCUCCGAGGCGCUGCUGCACUCGCUGCGCAGGAGCCGGCGCGUCAAGGCCAAUGACCGCGAGCGCAACCGCAUGCACAACCUGAACGCGGCGCUGGACGCGCUACGCAGCGUGCUUCCCUCCUUCCCCGACGACACCAAGCUCACUAAGAUCGAGACACUGCGCUUCGCGUACAACUACAUCUGGGCACUGGCAGAGACACUGCGCCUGGCGGAUCAAGGGCUGUCCGGGGGCGGUGCCCGGGAUCGUCUCCUGCCUCCGCAGUGCGCCCCCUGUUUGCCCCGGCCCCCGAGCCCAGCCAGUGACGCUGAGUCCUGGGGCUCGGGUGCCGCCGGCUCCCCCUGCGCCGCCGCCGCCUCACCACUCUCUGAUCCCAGUAGUCCUGCUGCCUCCGAAGACUUCCCCUUCGGCCCUGGCGACCCCCCUUUCUCCUUCCCUGGCCUGGCCAAAGACUUGCUCCACACGACAACGUGUUUCAUCCCUUACCACUAG